AUGGGCUACUCGCAAGGCGCCCAAGUCGUCGGCGACUCGCUCUGCGGCUCGAGCGGUCUCUACGGCAGCGGCGGAUACUCCUUCCCCUCCGGCUUCAACUACCCCUCGUCGCCCUACAGCUUCUCCGGCUUCAAGCGGUCGUCCAUGCCUAGCGAGCUCGCUAAGGAGUCGCCCGCCGUCAAGCGCGCAGUCGAGGAACGCCAGCUUCCUUCGGACGAGACGAAGAACAUCGUCGCCAUCAUCCAGAUGGGCGACCCGACGUUCGUCCCCGGCAAGAGCUACGAUGUCGGCACUUCCGUCACCCGCGGUCUCUUCCCUCGCUCCAACACGGCCUGCUUCGACCAAUUCGCUUCGCGCAUCCAGUCGUACUGUGAUGCCGGAGACGAGUUCUGCGCGAGCGGCGCCUCGCUCGCUGUCCACCUCUCGUACGUCACGAAGUACGGCUCGCAGGCGACGCAGUUCGUCGUCAGCAAGGCUCGCGCCUAA